GAUCCUUGACUGUAAUUUUUUACUAAUACUAUGUACUUUAAUGCAUAAUAUUACAUUUACUAGGAUCAAUAUGUUCUUUAUUUGUGUUUAUCCUUGAUUGAACGAACUUCAUCAUUCAUUCACGCUACUUAUUUGGCUUCCUAAUCAUCUUAAUAAUUUUUUUAUAAUCGAAAUUCUAAUUACUUUCUUUGUAAUCAAAUAACUUGAUGGGAUAUCUUUGAAAAAAAUGGAACUUUGGAUCAUUGGAUGAUCCCUUUGAGGCUUUGAAUCUCUUGAUACCUAUGGGGUAUACACGUAAUGUUUUAUACUCUCUCGAUCCAUUUGAAUUUUGAUUGUAUACAUGAAGUUGUAGUCUUGUAGAUGACAUUUGCGAAGAAUGGUUAAUCAUAAACAACUUGUUUUGCUAUUAUAAAGUGACAUUGUUCAACUCAAUUCAACUACAUGGGCAAGACAAUUCAGCUGUCUGGUUUUCCGUCUACUGUGUCUGCUGAAGCUGUUAAAACAUUUUUGGAGGGCCGUACUGGUAAAGGAACUGUGGUCGCUCUGAAAAUAAGGCAAUUUAAAACCGGUGGAACGAGAUGUUAUGCUAUUGUGCAAUUCACAACUGCAAGGAUAGCAGACUUUAUUCUGAAGCUCUCCCUACCUCCUCAGAAGUUCUGGUAUGGAAGUUCUUUCUUAAAGGGACGAGAAAUGGAACAUGAUAUUGUGCCCAAGCCAAGAACAUAUCAGCAUACAAUGGAAAAUAUAUCACUCCAUGUUGGAUGUCAAAUCUCAGAAGAAGAGUUUGUAGCAUUUUGGACUGGAGAAAGUGUUUCUUUAUCAUUUGGGUUGGGGCUUAGAAAAUUUUACUUCUACUUUGAAUGUCUUUCAAUCGAAUAUAAACUUGAGCUUUCUUAUGAAAGUAUAUGGCAGAUUGAAUUGCGAUGUCCGCGUCAUGUUUCUGUGAAGUAUCUUUUAAUUCAGCUGUUCGAGGCUCCCAAAAUUUUUGAGAAGUUACGCUUUCCUGUACUGAUAGAAAACAAUUAUUUCAAGGAUGAGCAGGAUGAUCAAUGGUUCAGAACUACCGAUUUCACCUUCACAAGGAGUUUUGGACAAUCGUCAGUCAUAUGUUUAGAGCUUCCAUACAAUUGCCAACUUCCAGACUUCAAAGCUAACUUUGCAUAUUUCAAGGAGGAUGAUGGCCAAUUUACGUUACGAAAUGGAAGUACUUUCUCCCACAACAUGGAACUUGUUCCUAUAGUCGAUCCUCCAAGAGGGCUUGACUUACCAUUUCAUAUUUUGUACAAGGUGAAUCACCUGGUACAAUUUGGAUGUCUUCCUGGACCAAACCUCGAUCGGAGUUUCUUUCAGAUGGUUGAUCCAAGGAGAAUGGAUAAUGCUUGUAUUGAAUAUGCUCUUGAAAAUAUGUACUAUCUGAAGGAGUGCUGCUACAAUCCUGUCGAAUGGUUAAGGCAACAGUACACAAAAUACCUCACAUCUAGGAGAAGCCCUCAGAAGCCAACCAUUUCAUUGGAUGCAGGAUUGGUUUAUGUGCGCAGAGUUCAAGUAACUCCGUCCAGAGUGUACUUUUGUGGCCCAGAGGUGAAUAUUUCCAACCGAGUGCUGAGAAAUUAUCCCAACGAUAUUGACAACUUUCUCCGCAUUUCCUUUGUUGAUGAGAAUCUAGUGAAACUAUACUCAACAGAUUUAGCCCCGCGUUUCUCCUCUGAUCUCAGUGCCAAUGUGAAGCGAACUAACAUUGAUAGAAGAAUCCGUUCCACUCUAAGAAACGGGAUAGUUAUUGGUGACAAGAAAUUUGAGUUUCUGGCCUUUUCAUCAAGCCAAUUGAGAGAGAAUUCUGCCUGGAUGUUUGCUUCAAGACCCGGACUGUCUGCAGCGGGUAUCAGAAAUUGGAUGGGUAACUUUAGAAGUAUCAGGAAUGUAGCAAAAUAUGCUGCUAGACUCGGUCAAUCUUUCGGAUCAUCUACAGAAUCUCUUACUGUUCCAAUAGAGGAAGUUGAGAUGUUACCUGAUGUAAAAUUAAUUAAUGGGAGAAAUAUAUAUAUUUUCUCAGAUGGGAUUGGAAAGAUAUCACUUGAUUUUGCUCGAAAAGUGGCUAAAAAGUGUGGUUAUAGCUUCACUCCAUCUGCCUUCCAGAUUAGAUACGGAGGAUUUAAGGGUGUUGUUGCUGUUGAUCCCUUGUCGUCUAAGAAAUUAUCAUUGCGAGAUAGCAUGUCCAAGUAUAAAUCAGACAAUGAUAAACUUGAUGUGCUUGCAUACAGCAAAUAUCAACCUUGUUAUAUGAAUCGACAAUUGAUUACUCUCUUAUCAACUCUUGGUGUGCCAGAUUGUGUAUUUGAGAAGAAGCAAAGAGAGGUGUUGAAGCAACUGGAUGAUAUGCUAAAAGAUCCCCUGAAGGCACAAGAGGCAUUGGAGCUUAUGUGCCCAGGGGAGCUUACAAACAUCCUCAAAGAAAUGCUUAAAUGUGGCUACAAACCAGAUGCUGAACCUUUCUUAUCAAUGAUGUUGCAAACUUUUCGGGCUUCAAAGCUGCAGGAAUUGCGGACUAAAUCACGAAUAUUUCUCCCCCUUGGUAGAGCAAUGAUGGGAUGUCUUGAUGAAACUAAAACCUUGGAAUAUGGUCAGGUGUUUGUGCAAGUUUCUGGUGCAAGAUUUAGAAAUGUUGGCAAUGAACUUCUCACUUGCACUGGUUCUGAAUUUGAGCCAAAUACAUACGUUGUGAAGGGAAAAAUUGUUGUUGCUAAGAAUCCCUGUCUGCACCCUGGUGAUGUCCGUAUCCUGAAGGCAGUAGAUGUGCCUUCUUUGCAUCAUAUGGUUGACUGUGUCGUUUUUCCCCAGAAGGGUAAAAGGCCUCAUCCUAAUGAAUGCUCUGGAAGUGAUUUGGAUGGUGAUAUAUACUUUGUUUGUUGGGAUAGUGAUCUUGUACCACCUCGCCAAGAGGAACCUAUGGAUUACACUGCUGCUAAAAGUACGGAACUGGAUCAUGACGUUACCAUGGAGGAUGUCAUGGAUUAUUUUACCGACUAUAUAGUCAAUGACAGCUUGGGUAUCAUUGCAAACGCACACACAGCCUUUGCAGACAAGGAAAUAAUGAAAGCAAUGAGCAGCCAAUGUAUAGAGCUUGCUAAACUUUUCUCAGUAGCUGUCGACUUCCCCAAAACAGGUGUCCCAGCAGUUAUACCACAUUACCUUCAUGUAAAGGAGUAUCCCGAUUUUAUGGAUAAGCCUGACAAACCGACCUAUAAAUCACUCAAUGUCAUAGGCAAGCUGUUUAGGGAAGUGAAGGAACGAUCUCCUAGUUCAACCGCUAUACGAUCAUAUACUCGAGAUAUAGCUAGGAGUUCUUGUGAUCCAGACAUGGAAUAUGAUGGCUUUGAGGAUUAUCUUGAUGAUGCGGAGUACUACAAAAGCCAAUACGACUAUAAGCUUGGUAAUUUGAUGGAUUAUUAUGGUAUUACCACUGAGGCCGAAAUUUUGAGUGGAAAUAUCUUGAGGAUGUCAAAGUCCUUUGAUAAGAGGAAGGAUGCGGAAGCUGUUACAAUGGCCGUUAGGGCUCUGAGGAAGGAAGCUCGAGUAUGGUUCAAUAAAAAGAUGGAUGAUGUUGAACCGGAUUCUGAUGAGUUGUAUGCAAAAGCAUCAGCCUGGUAUUAUGUAACUUAUCACCCUAAGUAUUUUGGUGUGUACAAUGAGGGGUUGAAGCGAGACCAUUUUCUUAGCUUUCCUUGGUGUGUGUACGACAGGCUAAUCACCAUCAAGAAGAACAAGAAAAGGUCUCGAAAUGUUUCGUCGUUGGAAAGCUUGGAAAAUCAACUGAGAUAUGGAAUCAGCCUAAGAGAGUGAAGAGUGUAUGUUGGUUAUGAGGUUUGUUGGUGUGUAAUAAUAUUACUACUUGUUAUGUUUGGAUCAUGGUUCACCAUUUUGUCGUUAUUAUGUUUUAAUAGGCAAUGGCCAAUGCAAUAUGAAUGUUUGCUAUUAUAAAUGACAAUGCAAUAUCCAUCAUGAUUAUGUCAAUUUGAACUCCUAUUAUCGAUGUGUUUGAUAGUUAUAUUAAACGGUUUGAAUGAUAAUGAAAAGUUAGUUUGAUUUUAA